AAUUCAAGAUCGGCAAUAAUUAAUCAAUUACAAAUUAUGAAGGGCUUUUCUUCCUCUUUCGUACAAAAAUAUUCUCAGAUUAAUUCAUCAUCUGUGAGAAUUAAUGAAAAACAUAAUAGAAUUAGUAUUUCUCAUCGGACACGUGUCAUCGUCUUCACCGCCGCAAAGAGAAGAAUAUUCCUCCGAUCAAGAAAGUUUGCAGAUUCAGACAGUGGUACUUGUCCAAAGAAAUCACUACUCACAAAUAUCUUCAAAUGGUUGGAUGAUUUCAUCUGCGAUUUCAUUGACCCGCCGCUCCGCCCCUGCGUUGACCCUAAACAUGUACUCUCCGGCAACUUCGCCGCCGUGGAGGAGCUUCCCCCCACCGCAUGCACGGUGGUCCAUGGCUCACUUCCGCCGUGCCUGAACGGCGCCUACAUACGCAACGGCCCGAACCCACAGUUCUUCCCACGUGGGCCCUACCACCUCUUCGACGGCGACGGCAUGCUCCACUCGAUCAGAAUCUCCGGCGGCGAAGCCGUGUUCUGCAGCCGCUUCGUCAGGACUUACAAGUACGGUCUAGAGAGAGAAAGUGGUUCCCCGGUGAUACUCAACGUCUUCUCCGCCUUCAACGGCGGCCUCCUCUCCUCCCUGUCGCGCUGCGUUUUGGCUUCUGGCCGAGCUCUCGCCGGAGAAUUCGACCCCCGCCGCGGCAUUGGGGUGGCGAACACCAGCGUGGCGCUGUUCGCCGGAAAACUCUUCGCCCUCGGCGAAUCCGAUCUUCCUUACUCAGUGAAACUAACACCCGACGGAGAUAUAAUCACCCUCGGCCGCCACGUGUCGUUCGGCGAGCCGUACAUGACGAUGACGGCCCACCCGAAAAUCGCGGCGGAUUCCGGCGAGGCCUUCGCUUUCCGGCACAGCAUCACCCACCCAUUCCUCACAUACUUCAGAAUCAAGCCCGACGGAAUCAAGCAGCCGGAAGUUCCCAUACACUCGCUGAAGCAAGCUUCGUUGGUCCACGAUUUCGCCGUCACGGAAAACUACGCCGUCUUCUCCGACUCGCAGAUCGCGAUAAAGCCGGCGGAGAUUCUGCGCGGGAAGGCGCCGAUCGGAGUUGAUCCGAAGAAAGUGCCGAGGCUGGGGAUUAUCCGGCGGUACGCGGUGGAUGAGAGUGAAAUGUGGUGGGUGGAGGCGCCGGGGUUCAAUAUGAUCCACGCCGUCAACGCGUGGGAGGAAGACGGCGGCGACACGGUGGUGAUGGUGGCGCCGAAUAUAUUGGGGGUGGAGAAUGUGUUGGAGCGGCUAGAUUUGAUACAGACUUCCAUGGAAAGGAUUGAGAUCAAUGUGAAGACGAAGAAGAUGAACAGGAAAUCUGUUUGCAGUGGGAAUCUUGAUUUUGCAGUCAUCAAUUCUGCUUAUGUUGGGAAGAAGAACAGAUACGUGUACGCAGCAAUAGGUGACCCAAUGCCAAAGACAGUAGGGGUGGUCAAGAUAGACCUCUCACUUUCGACGACGGUCAACUCCGGCGAUUGCACGGUGGCAAGACACCUAUUUCCGCCAGGCUGUUACGGCGGCGAACCGUUUUUCGUGCCAAAAGCGGCGGCGGCGGAGGAGGAUGAUGGGUAUCUAGUGAGCUAUGUGCAUGAUGAAAAUAGAAAUGAAUCAAAGUUUAUAGUAAUGGAUGCAAAAUCACCUAAUCUUGAAAUUGUUGCUUCUGUUAAACUUCCCCAAAGGGUUCCUUAUGGAUUCCAUGGAAUCUUUGUCCCCCAAUGUGAACUAGAAAGACUAUAUGAUAAUUAAUUUCUCCAUUUUUUAAA